AUGGACUUCCCGCAAAGACCAGGACAGCCACUUCUGCAACCUGCGCGCGUGCUCGUCCAGACACUGACACACCUGCUUCCCUCAGAUGGAAAGAUCUAUAAGCCGGAAAGAAAUCCUGGCGGCGAUAAGCUUUACUCCAUGCUUCACCGGAUUUGCCAGCACGUCUGGAGUCAUUCAUAUGACUCCGACUUCUUUCGGUGGUACGGAUACAACGACGACCAGCUCGGCUACAACAACCGGCCUUGCUUUUUCCUCGUUGACCAUGGCGAAGCCGAUAAUGAAGCCGAUGUACCCGUACUUGCGUUUGAAUGGACUGGCGAGGAGUUUAAACCCAUGCCCGGCCUAUUGCAGUCGCCGGAUGUACAGGAGGAACUGAAGGCCACUCCAUUUAUGACGCCACCGCCGUCUUCAGAGCCUGCUAAGCCGUACCCUGUACGGAAAAUGGUGAGAAGCAUGCUACGGAGCGUCGAGCGGGUUCCGGAUUGGCAUCUCCAAUAUAUCACAGGGCAUCCCGAAGAUAUGGAGUGGCUGAAAAGGAAGCUAAGGCCUAGAUUCUACGAGAAUUUGCUCGCCCAGAUCGAGGCGCGGCCAAGAGAGAAGGAGGAAGACGCGAAGGAGGCUUCGGAGCCUGUGUAG